GCUCGAGCAGUUCUUCCUUGGUCGGUAGGGUUUGGGUUUUGGUCCCAACUGUGGGCGAAUCCAGUUGCGAUAUACUCGAAUCCAGGCCGGAAAUAUCCUACGUAACGAAUUCAGCAAAUAAUUAUUCUAGAAAAUUACAUAAACGAAACAUUUAUUAAAAAAUCAAAAUAAUCAUCAUCAUCAACAAGACAAACACAAAUCCAAACAUCAACAAUAAUUCUCUAACCAACAAAUUCAAUUUAUUAUUAUUGUUCUUAUUGAUUAGUUUAUUAAUAUAUUUAUUGAAAAUAAAUAUUUAUCAAAUCAGUUAUUUAUAUUUAUAUCGAAAUCUUUAUCUUAUAUAAGUCAUUCAUGUAAAAAAUUUUUAUUAUUAAAUGAAUAUAUCAAUAAAGAUAAUUUAAUUAAAUUAAUUUUAAAUACAGAACAAAUUUGGUUAAUAUAUCGAUUUAAUUAUUUUUUAAUUGAUUUUAUUUACAAUAAUAUUUAUUUACCAAAUGAAAUUUAUAUAAAUAAUUAUGAUAAACAAUUUAAUGAUGAACAUAAAAAAAAGAAACAUUUUCCACCAUUUCAAAAAAUCAAAAAAAAAAUCUAA